AUGGGGAGUAAAACAGGAGGCAACACUGAACCGAUGCCUUUCGUCCGAAAAUGGGGGGCGGCAGCAGCUGCUGCUGCUAACUCUUCGGAAGAUGGUGCUGUGAUGAAUGGUCCUCCACCCCCACCAAGUGAAGGUGCGUCACUUUUCGUCAAAUUGUUGGUUGCGAAGACACACAUCUUCACUGGUCAUGCAGUUAGCAUGUUCCAGCUCCAACAUCCGAUCAUGACACAUCUUCCCAUUCACAUCGUGAUCGCAGCCGUUCACGUGAUCGCAGAGAACGUCGGGAACGCCGACGACGGUCACGAUCUGGAGACCGCGAUCGCCACCGAAGACAUCGCAGCCGCUCCAGAAGACGCAGCAGGUCUAGAGACAGAAAGCGAUCAAGGAGCAGAAGCAAGGAUCGUUCGCGUGAUCGUUCACGAGAUAGCACUAGCCGGCACGGAUUCCCUCCCAGGUCAUGAGAAUGCAUUAGCAGAUACAGGAAGAAAACGCGAGAGGAAGUCUCGCUGGUCAGUGACAAAGAGCUUUGUACCGGACUUGAUCUUGUGUGGUAUCCUUGUGAAUCAUGUGUUCGAAUUUAUCAAUGUUUUUGAGAAGGCUGAAGUGGGACUUUAUAGUACAAGCACAAAUGCUGCGAUCAGAUUUAAUUUGGAGUUAUUCAGUACUCCUAAAAUUUAUCUGGGAGGACAAAAGGAGAUUAAAGAUGGGUUUCCAUGA